AUGUACAUUAAGCGAUCAUCAGCACCUAGUCAAUCUGGGAAACGACCUUUAUUUCCAGAUAUCGAGAAUCAUUCGCCGAUAACUAAUGUCAAUAAUUCUAAUAAGCCGAAAGAAGAUUCUUCUGUAGCUCUUCACCGAGAGAAAAGAUUAAAAACAUUGAAAUUUAAACCUAUUCUUAUUCCUGAGCGUAAAGCUUUACAGCUGAAUUCAAACGAUUUAUAUCAGACCAUGAGUAAACAAUUGGUACACGUGGUGGUAGAUCCUCUGCUUUGUAACGUUUUAAGACCUCAUCAGAGAGAAGGAGUUAAAUUUAUGUACGAGUGUGUAACAGGAGUGCGAAUUGAAGAUGCCUUUGGAUGCAUAAUGGCCGAUGAAAUGGGUCUAGGAAAAACUCUCCAGUGUAUAACUCUCCUGUGGACUUUAUUGAAACAAGGUCCCGAAGCUAAACCACUGAUUGAAAAAGCAAUAAUUGUAGCACCCAGUUCGCUAGUUAAGAAUUGGUACAAUGAAAUUUUCAAAUGGUUGGGAAACCGAGUUCGACCUCUGGCUAUCGAUGGUGGAAGCAAAAAUGACAUUGAUUCUAAACUUGUAGGAUUUAUGAAAACUUAUGGCAGACGCUGUGUAAAUCCUAUCUUAAUAAUCAGCUACGAAACAUUCCGCCUUCAUUCACACGUUCUCCAUAACGAUGAAGUCGGACUUGUUCUCUGCGAUGAAGGACAUCGAUUAAAAAAUUCCGAAAAUCUAACGUAUCAAUCUUUGAUGGGUCUGAAAGCUAAGCGACGUGUUUUACUCAGUGGAACUCCAAUCCAAAAUGAUUUACUGGAGUACUUUUCACUGGUACACUUUGUAAAUCAAGGCUUGCUUGGCACAGCUCAAGAAUUUAGAAAGAAAUUUGAAAACCCUAUUUUACGUGGUCAAGAUGCCGCUGCUACCGACUCAGAAAGAGCUGUUGCUCAAGAAAGACUUAAUGAAUUAGUUACUAUUGUUAACAAAUGUUUGAUUAGAAGAACAAGUGCCUUGUUAUCUAAAUAUCUACCUAUUAAAUAUGAACUUGUUGUUUGUAUUAAGAUGACUGAGUUACAGACACAGCUUUAUAAAAACUUUAUCAACAGUGAUUCUAUUAAAAGAUCAAUGCAAAAUCAUGAAAGUGAAAAAAAGAAAGGUGGUGGGACACUUUCAGCUCUCUCAGCAAUUACUUUACUGAAGAAAUUGUGCAAUCAUCCUGAUCUUGUCUACGAAAAAAUAAUGGAAAAUUCUGAAGGGUUUGAAGGAGCAUCAAAGUUACUUCCUUCUAACUACAGUACUAAGGAUGUAAUGCCAGAAUUAUCAGGAAAAUUGAUGGUCCUCGAUUGUCUGUUAGCUUCAAUAAAAUCUACGACAUCUGAUAAAAUAGUAUUGGUAUCAAAUUACACUCAAACUCUUGAUCUCUUUGAAAAACUUUCAAAGAAAAGACAAUACCGAUAUGUACGUCUUGACGGUACGAUGACGAUUAAAAAACGAUCAAAGGUAGUUGAUAGUUUUAAUAAUCCCGAAAGCGGAGAUUUCAUUUUCAUGUUAAGUUCCAAAGCUGGAGGUUGCGGGUUGAAUUUAAUUGGAGCUAAUCGAUUGGUUAUGUUUGAUCCUGAUUGGAAUCCUGCUAAUGAUGAUCAAGCUAUGGCACGAGUUUGGCGUGAUGGCCAGAAAAAACCUUGCUUUGUCUACCGGUUUCUGAGUACUGGAACAAUUGAAGAAAAAAUUUUCCAAAGGCAAGCUCAUAAAAAAGCACUGAGUUCAACAGUUGUUGACCAAGAAGAUGAUGUUUGUCGCCACUUUACCCUCAAUGAUCUCCGAGACCUUUUCAAGCUUGAAGAAAAUACUGUUUCCGAUACACAUUCUAAAUUCAAGUGCAAACGAUGUGUGGCUGGUGUUGAAGUAAAAGGACCACCAGAGCAAUCUGAUUGUAAUUCGGACUUAGCUGACUGGCGUCAUGCUCACAAUUCCCGAAAUCUUCCGGAUAUACCGCUAAAACAUUGCUGGUCUAGUGGAGUUUCAUUUGCCUUUCAUCAUCGCUCGACUGAACAAGUUAAAGAGAAAAAAGAAAUUGAAGAAAAGCCUGAAGAAGUUGAAAUGGAUACUGAAGAGGACAGAAAAAAGAAGCAGUUGAAAUACGAGAACAAUGCAGAUGAUGAUCUAGAAGAUGGAGAAAUCCCUUCAGACGAAGAUGAUGAGGUGACCCCGCCCGUUGAAACUAAGGUUGAGCCUCCUAAGCCCCCGUCAAAAUCAGAUUCAUCAAAGGACAAAAGUUCUGAUUCAAAAUCCAGUAAAUCUAGUAAUAAAAAAUCUUCGAAUGGCAGCUCUAGUAGCAACAGUAAAACAGUCGAUAGAUUUAAUAAAUACAAAAGUGUAUCAGAUGAUUGGGCGGGUGAUGUGGAAAAGGCUAUAAAAGCUGUUCUAGGAGAGAAAGAUAAAUUUAAAAAUCAAGAAAAGUCUCAAAGUAAAAGUAGCAGCAACAAUAGUCGUUCUAGAAAUAAAAAAAGAAACCGUGAUGAUAAAGAAGAUGAUCGUCCGAAAGAUCAAAAGAGAAAACGAGUUAGUGAUGACGAAAAUAUCAACGACGAUGAUGACGAAAUGCUUUUUGUUAGAGGAGCGUCACCAGUUCGCCGUGACGUCCGCGACAGCCCUUUACCAUCUCGUCGAUCCCACGACCGAGAUAGCCCGGAAAAUAAUUCUGACCGUGAUUCUGAUGGAAGAGGGAGUCGACACCGAGACCACGACAAGCGAAGUGGCUCAACUGGCCGUGGAUCGAGCCGUCGUACGAAAAAUGACCGCGGAUGCAAUAACAAUAAAAACAACAAAAGUCGCUCUCAAUUGAGAAAUGAACAACGUAGUGGUAGGCGAAACCAGAAUAAUGAUAAUGCUCAAGAUGCUGAUUCUAUUUGUGUGUAUUAUAUGCAAGGUAAAUGUCAUAGAGGUGAUGAUUGUCCCUUUUCUCACAAUGCAUUGCCUCCGCGUAAAAUGGAGCUUUGUAAAUUUUAUAUCAUGGAUUGCUGCGCCAAAAGAGACAAAUGCCUUUAUAUGCACCAUGAUUUCCCUUGUAAAUUUUUCCACACUGGUCUUAAAUGCAUCCAAGGUGACAAUUGUAAAUUUUCCCAUGAACCCUUGAAUGAGCAGGUUAAAAAUAUUCUGUUAAAGCAUUUAGAAACUGCUCCGAAGGAAAUUUUAGGUGAGUUUCCCCGGCUGAGCAGAGAAGGCGCACUAAUGAUGAUCAACAACACAGCGAGAAAUGUAGCGCAAGGUCAGGAUGCUAGCACUCAAAAAAUACCUAGUUUGUUUGAUGUUACUCUUCCAGCUCCAGGAAAUAAUUUGUCGAACAAUGAUAAAGACGAGGAGAAUUUAAAUCACAUGGAUCAGUCUAAUCAGAAAAAAUCUAAUUCACCUAAAGAGCGUAAGCCAGCUGGUAAAAAAACUCGUUGGGGCUCUGAUGAUGACAGAGUUCCAUUAGAACAAAUUAUGCUGCUUCAAUCAGUUAGCCAGCUUGGUAUUCUUCCUAACGUUGCUCUCAGUCUUGCUGUUCAGCAACAGCUUCAACAGCGAAUGCUUCUUCAGCAGUGUUUUGCCAAUAUGGAUUUUUACAAUGACAUUCAAGGCAAUACUCUAGCUGAAUCUGAGGUCAAUAAAUUGAAAAAUAAAAUUGGAUUUGAUAAUGAAAUGAAAGAAAAAAUUCAAGAACAAAUUAAACAAAAUUCUACACAAGAUGUAGAUUUAAGACAAUUUUUAACAAACGGUCCUAAAUCUUCUUCUGCUGGUCAAGAUGAUUCAAAAGAAUCUAAAGCUAAUGAAGAAAGCGAUCAUGAUGAUGAGUCUGACCUUGUUAUUGCCGUGCCAACUGAUGAUGAUAAAAGUAAAGAAAAAAGUGCCGAAAUAAAUGAAUCAAGUGUUAUAAAUUCUUCUAAGUCUUCCUUAAAAGUUGAAAAUCCGAAUAAUAAUCAUGAUAAGGAGAUGCUUCCUAAUUUACCUAAAAAAGCUCAAGAAUUAUUUUUACGAAUUCAGCAACAACAAAGAGCUGCUAAUGAUAGUAUUGGUAAUGUUGAUGAUAAAUGUGAGGUUGAAGAUGCUUCUAAAAAUCAAAUUGAUUGGUAUUCUGAUGAUGAGGAUGGUGGCAAUGAUAAUGAUGAUGAUGAUGAUGAUGAUGAUGAUGAUGAUGAUGACGAUGAUGAUGAAAGUGGUAAUUUACAAAUUGUUAUUAAGGAUAAUUUGAAGGAUGAGAGUGAAAAAAGCGAUUUAGAUACUCCUGUAAAGGAAAAUCCAGAGUCAAUUGGUAUUCCUCAGCCUGCUGUUAUUGUUGAUAAAUUGGGAAAUCUUAGUAAAAUAGAUAUCAGCGCUGAAGUAACUAAGUUACUUUCUUCGAUAAAACCACAAGGAUCUGCGAAAAAAAGUGAGUCUCUACAAACUAAAGAAAGUAAAAAUUUAUCGGAUAAUAGUGAUAAAAUUUCAGUAAAUAAAUCUGAAAAUGGAAGCACUAGUCCUAAAUCUUAUUCAAAUACUACUGGGUCAGUUUCAAGGGAUCCAAGAAUGUCGAGAGAUCCACGACAGAGACGAAAUGAAGAAACAAGGACCAGCAGUCCCAGUCGGAGUGAUUCAAAAAAAGAGUCACAGUCUCUGAGAUUAGAAACGAGUAUUUAUUCAUCUGGAAUUACUGCUUCGGAUGAAUCAAUGGACACUGAUCUUAGAGCAUCGGAUCAACUCUCUGUUUCUCACAAGCAAGAUCUAGAUCUUCGUCAACGUUUUCCUCAGGAUUUCGGUGACACAGAUUUAAGAGUAACUGGCAAUUUUAUAGACUCACAAAGCUCGGAUACAGAUCUUAGGCAAAUAUUGAGCUUGCCAUUCAAGCCGGCUCCGACUCACGUUCCUUGCACGGAAAUAGAGGCCAGUAUUGCCUCGCAUGCUCCAGUGACCUAUAAAGUUUAUGUUGUUGAUAUUCCUCGGCCGAAUUAUUGUGGGUUAAAGUUGACUAAAAAUGAUUCUAUUGUUAAAUACGACCCUCGGCUGCGUAAAAUAUUCAGAUUGUCUCAGUCAGAUAUUAUUGACUCGCCAAUGUCGCCGCCGCCUGUAAAGCCAGACACUCCCAAGUCACCACCGCCGCAAGUGCGGAUGGAUCCAAGGAGGAAAACUCUUGAAGCUAGUAUGCAGUCGAAGACUAUGGGGUCAGGAAUGAUGAACCUGGGUAUGAAUCCGCAGCAGGGCCAGGAUAUCUCCAUGGGAAUGGCUGCUCAAUCUUCAAACAUGGGAAUGCCUAUGGGCCAAAAUUCUAUGAUGAACAACAUUGGAAUGAUGAAUCCUAUGAUGAACAAUUCUGUUUCGCAGCAAAAUAUGCCACCUAUUGGGAUAGGUGGCAUGAAUAAUAUGCAAUUGGGGCCUAAUAAUCCCCCAAUAGUUCCUAAUCAAAUGGGAUUUGAUCCGAGGUAUCAGGCUCAUAGAAAUGGAGGUCCUGGGUUACUUGGACCGGCUCCGGUUAUGGGAUUUAAUGAUCCUCGUGAGGGACCUAAUUAUGAUGGGCCGGCUUAUCCUGCGGGAAAUUUUGGAAACUUUGGACCCAAUCCCAUGGGCGAUCAACCUAUGAUGGGCUACGGUCCCAAUGGACCUAAUAAUAUGAAUUUUGGAAAUAAUGCGCAAGGCGACUGGGGGAAUAAUCAGAAUUCUAUGCGACGAGGGGGAAGAGCUAGAAGAAGAAAUAGAAAUCGAACAAAUGUCGGAUCAAGAAAUAAUAGAUCACCUCCUUAA